AUGGCCUUAGCCCUUGACCGACGGGCGGACCCGCUGAACCUAGGCGGCGGCUGGGCCUCCCCGUCGCCUCUCCCUCCUUGGUCCCCGUGCCACCGACGGCGGAGGAGCACCGCGAUGUCCCGCCGGCGCCACCGCUCCGGCCCCAAGCUGGAGUACGAGGAGCUGCGAAGGCAGGCGAAGAACCAGCAUGACCCCGGCCCUCCGUGGCCCCAUGCGCAGCGGCGCCCCGAGCGUUCGGCCGGCCCCACCUGCUGCGGUCCCAGGGGCUGCUGGACCCCGGGCCCGUGGCGCUGCCCUCCCGUGGAAGUUUGGAAGCCGCCCGGCCGUGUGCAGGUGGUGCGGGUGUACGGAAUGAGGCCCCCCUGUCCAUGCUGCUGCUCCUGCUGGAGCGGGCACGACAAGCCGGGCCCGGGGCGUCUCUACCGCAAGAAGAAGAAGAAGCGCUGGGGCAGGAAAGGCCGCGGCGUGAGGAGCGGCCACCCCCGCCGCCCGGGGCAGAACAGCCCUCCCGUGGACCUGAGCGCCCUGCUGCGCCCGGUCAACCUGUACGGCCGUCGGGCGCCCGGCAUGCGCGCCCCGCGCAACACCACGCAGUUCAUCAUGAACCAGGUCUACGAGGACAUGCGCAAGCAGGAGAAGCAGGAGCGGCAGCAGGAGGCCCUGCGGGCCCGACAGGCCGCGGCCACCGCGGGGCAGGAGCCGGGAGCCCCGGGAGCCCCGGGAGCCCCGGGAGCCCCGACCGCCGCGGGUCCCUCGGACGGCGGCGGCGUGCUCCAACCCGUGCACAGCCGGGGCGACGAAGACAAGGAAAUGCGGCUGCUGCAGGAGACUUUCUACAGCUUCGUGCAGAAGCAGCUCUACUGCCUCGUGCCCGGCCCCGCGGCCUCCGUCGAGGCGGACGAGGACGAGGACGAGGACGAGGAUGAGGUCGAGGUCGAAGACGAGGAGGAGGAGGAGGAGGAGGAGGAGGAGGACGAAGACCAGGGGCAUGAGGAGGAAGAGGAGGAGGAGGACCUGGAGGCGAGAGAGGAGGCAGAGGAGGAGGAGGAAGAGGAGGAGGAGGAAGAGGAGGAGGAGGAUGAGGAAGAAGAGGAGAGGUAUGGAGAGGGAGAGGAUGAAUCAGAGGAGGGGGACGAGGAGGAAGAGCUGAAAGAGGAGGAUGACAGUGAGGAGGAGGAGGAAGAGGAGAUGGAGGAUGAAGAAAAGGACUACCCGGAGGAGGAGGGGCAGCCCCUGGACAGCCCUCUCACCAGCCCAAGAAUAUCUGAAGGAGGAGAGGCAGAAGACAUUCUGAACUGUGACUUCUUAACGCGGGACCGGAGGAUUGUCCAAAAGCUUCAGGAAAGAUUCCCCGUGAUCGUGCAGAAAGUUCUGUGUUAG